AUGGCGAAUUCUAGUAAGAGAGUUUUGCUUACUUCAAACGGCGACGAUAUUUCGCACGGCAUUGCUUUUCAUUUAGCCAAACAAGGAUGCAGGUUGGUUUUGAUGGGAAACGCAACCAGUUUACAGAGUAUUGCACGUAAAAUAACGGAUUCGGUUAGUGGUUCUGGUUCUGUGCAUGUGGUUGAAUUGGAUUUGGAGAGUGAAGAUGAAUCGGUUUUUCACGAUGCUGUUGAUAAGGCUUGUAAGAUUUUGGGGAAAUUGGAUGCGUUUGUUAACUGUUACUCUUAUGAAGGAAAGGUGCAAGAUCAUCUCGAGUUAGCUGAGAGUGAAUACAAAAAAAUUGUUAGGAUAAAUUUUACGGCUCCGUGGUUUUUGUUAAAGGCUGUUGGCCAAAGGAUGCGGAACUUUAACACUGGAGGGUCUAUUGUAUUUUUAACAUCGAUAAUGGGUUCUGAAAGAGGGCUUUAUCCAGGAGCUGCUGCAUAUGCCUCAGCCUUGGCUGGAGUUCAACAGUUAGUUCGGGCAUCAGCUAUGGAGAUAGGGAAGUACCAGAUCAGAGUUAACGCAAUUGCACGAGGGCUUCACCUGGAUGAUGAAUUCCCCUUAUCAGUGGGAAGGGAAAGGGCAGAGAAGUUAGUGAAGGAGGCAGCACCACUUGAGAGAUGGCUUGAUGUUAAGAAUGAUCUUGCCUCUACAGUCAUCUAUCUAAUCACUGAUGGGUCACGUUACAUGACAGGAACAACUAUAUUUGUUGAUGGAGCACAGUCUAUAACCAGGCCUAGGAUGCGCUCCUUUAUGUGA